CAGAAAACACUGCCAGCCUCUUGGGAAUUUGUCACCUUGGAAUUGAAUGAUGAAGCUGCUACACAUUGCUGCUUUUCUUUUGCUGGUCUUUACUGCAUUAGAAGCCCGACCAAAACUUUUAGGAGCAAAGUGUAAGACAGGCCCGCUGGACAUUGUCUUUGUGAUUGACAGCUCACGCAGUGUACGUCCCUUUGAAUUCGAAACAAUGCGGCGCUUCAUGAUUGACAUCAUUAACAACCUGGAGAUAGGGAUCAACGCCACCAGGGUCGGAGUGAUCCAGUAUUCUAGCCAGGUCCAGAACGUCUUCUCCCUCAAGACCUUCUUCAACCGGGCGGACAUGGAGAAAGCCAUCAAUGGCAUUGUCCCGUUGGCCCAAGGCACCAUGACGGGGCUGGCCAUCCAGUAUGCCAUGAACGUGGCCUUUACCACGCAGGAGGGGGCACGACCGCUACACAAAAAGAUCCCCCGGGUGGCUGUGAUUGUAACAGAUGGGCGGCCCCAAGACCGUGUGACGGACGUGGCUGCUCAGGCGCGAGCAGCAGGCAUUGAAAUCUAUGCCGUGGGUGUGCAGCGCGCAGACAUGAACUCUUUGCGGGCCAUGGCCACACCUCCGCUGGAAGAGCAUGUCUUCUUGGUGGAGUCUUUUGACCUCAUCCAACAAUUCGGCAAGCAGUUCCAGGAUAAGUUGUGUGGUGUCGAUAUGUGCACAGAAUUGGACCACGGCUGCCAGCAUACUUGUGUCAGUAUCCCUGGCUCUUUUUAUUGUCAGUGCAACCCGGGAUACAAGCUCAACGCUGACAAAAAGACAUGCUCCAUCAUCGAUGCCUGUGCUGAUGGGAGACAUGGCUGUGAGCAUCAGUGUGUCAGUUCUCUUGGCUCCUACUCUUGUCGCUGCCGGACAGGCUACUACCUCAACCAGGACAAAAAGACGUGUACUAUGAUCAAUUACUGCAACUUCGGUAACCACAGUUGCCAGCACGAAUGCGUUAGCAUCCUGAAUGGGUUCUAUUGCCGCUGUCGUGAUGGUUACACCCUGCAGGCUGAUGGCAAGGCAUGUCAGGCCAGUGACCUCUGCAAUAGCGUAGAGCAUGGAUGUGAGUUUAAAUGCGUCAGUACCUCAGGCUCUUACCACUGCGUUUGCCCAGAGGGUCAGCAGCUCCAGUCAGAUAAGAAGACAUGUAACAAGUGCAAAACGGGUCACAUUGAUUUGGUGCUGGUGAUCGAUGGCUCCAAGAGCGUCCGGCCCCAGAACUUUGAGCUGGUGAAGCAGUUUGUAAACCAGAUUGUGGACUUCCUGGAUGUGUCCCCUCAUGGCACCCGAGUGGGGUUGGUCCAGUACUCCAGCCGUGUCCGCACAGAGUUCCCCCUCCACCAAUACACGACUGCAGAAGAUGUCAAGAAGGCAGUGCGGAGAGUGCAGUACAUGGAAAAGGGCACCAUGACCGGGCUGGCCCUCAAACACAUGUUGGAGCACAGCUUCUCUGAGGCAGAAGGGGCUAGACCUCUCUCCCAGAAUGUCCCCAGGAUUGGCCUGGUCUUCACUGAUGGGCGCUCUCAAGAUGAUAUCUCAGAGUGGGCCAGGAGAGCAAAGGAAUCAGGAAUUGUCAUGUUUGCAGUUGGUGUUGGCAAAGCCGUUGAGAGCGAACUGAGAGAAAUUGCCUCUGAGCCAGUGGAUCAGCACUUCUCCUACUCGGCAGAUUUUAACACCAUGACUCACAUCGUCGAAAAUCUCAAACUCAAUAUUUGUCCCGAGGAGGGCAAAGGGGAAACUGAAUUCCGUAACCCAUGUGAAUGUGAGGCCCUUGUGCAGUUCCAGACAAACACUCUUGCAAUCCUGGAAGAUCUCACUGAAAAACUCUCUCAGAUGACUGCCAGACUUGACCAGCUGGAAAACCAGAUUGCUGGCAAAAAGUGAUCACAAUGAGCAGCCUCCCAAGAGUCGGGGUUCAGACACAUCCUCUAGCUCAUCGUUGGCAUUCCUAGACCUGUUGUAAAUGGCUGUCUGUUCUUAUAUCACAGGAUCCUGGGGGAGGGGAAACCUCUCCCUUCUUCCUUGGCUGAAAAACAGAACAACACUUCAUGACGGAAUAAUAUUUUCCUUUGCCUGGAACGGGCAGUAGGGCUGAGCUGUGGGUUCAUCCCAAACAAGUGGACAUUUUAGGAAAUCAACAUGAAGUGGGGCCUACAGCAUCUUCAAGAGCUA